AUGAGCAAGCCUGGUCUUCUUUCUGCUUCCCGACCGACUGGGUUGGUGACGCUGUCGUUUGGUGGCUUUGCCUUUUGGUGGUUUGUGAUUCUCGUGGUGCACCUGAUCGCCUGUUUGUUCAACGUUUGCUACGCCAAGUUUUACUGGGUCUUCGGCGAUACCUUUUUGAGCUACUCAUUGGAGGCGUACAAGAUUGGAAUGGGUCGGGACAAUUUCCGAUCAAUACCUUUCACCCAUGCAGCGCUAGCUGUUGUACACGGAGUGCCUGUCCUGUUCAUGGUCUUGGGGUUCAUAAGACAGCGCUCUUUGGUCUUCUAUCCAUGGUCCGAUCCACUGAAUAAACACGUCAAAGCGGUGCGAAAAGCGGUGAAGAACCACGUCGCUGAGAUGAAGACGCAAACUCGAUAUCGCGAGUCAUCGAGUGUGAGAAGAUCAACAAUGCUCAUGCUCCGUAGAGCAACCAAAGCAAUAGUCAACAAGCACAGUGUCGUAGGCGUCAAAGGGCGCUACUUUUACGUGGUUUUCGUAUUCCGUGAGGCAAUUGAGACGGCAUUCCAGACCGUGCAAGCCAUCCGGAUGAGCCAAUAUUUAUCGCGCGCGUACCUGAAUCGCUUCUACACGUGCCUUCUCGUGAUCAACUGCUGGUCGUCUGUGCUGGUCCACUCGCGCGCUUUUGGGCAAGAUAGUGCCAGGCGUAGGUUCGUAGCGAUCGUUUGUGACUGCGCGCUCGAUCUGAUGUCUGCAGUGGGGGUUUCUAGCAUGAUCGUCCUAAGUUACGCUGGUCAAUACGACAUCGAGUUGGGUAGCUUCGGCUUUGAGUUGCUUCAGGACGACGCCUGGAUUGCACGGAUGCUAAGCGAGGCUCGGCUUGUCGUGGUUACCUCCUGGUCCGACCUUAUCGGUCGCGCUGUCUUCUCGCUGGGCGUGCUUGCCGCCACCUACAACAUGAAGGAGUUGUUGGCUUGGACUCCUCGAAGGGGUCAACGCAUCGUGUCGAUGCACAAUAUUGGACCAGACACUGAGCCACUCCGUCUUGUCGGCUCGCUUAGGCUGCAGGUUAUAGACAAAAGAAGUCAUCCAGGAAAACUUCAGAAAAACAGUGUACUCAAUUCUAGAGAAGACGCUGAUUUGGUUCCUCAACACACGAAGGUCGUCUCCGGUCUUCCCUGCACGGAACGAGUUCUUCUACGAGCAAUGCACAUCGCAUUGUUCGCGUUAGGCGUUAGUAUGAUAAUAUUGCACGUGCAGGCGUCGUUGAAAACGCCACUGGUAGAGUGUACUCCGAAGGUGAAGCCCAUGGCUGGGGCCCACCCAGCGUGUUUUGCUGUGGAGUUCGAUUGUCACAAACUCGGAAUUUCUGGUACAAAAGCUGACGUCGAAGCAGAAUGGAGCAAGUUUGACCAUUCUACAGUCGUGAAGCUGCACAUUAUGCACUGCUCAGCUCUCGAAAUGCCUGAACUGCUUCAGGAGUUCCGUCAGUUGCGAGAGUUUUGGAUCUACAAUUCGACUAUUACCACUUGGAGUGCGUCCGCUGCCAUAACCAAUUCUCACUACCCCGACCUCGCAGUGUUCUCCCUAGUCCGCAGCAAUGUCACGGACGGCCUCCUCCCACUGGGACUCCAGUCGUCAGAUUUCCCUCUUCAACUGACGCAGAUAUAUUUCUGCAAAACUAAUCUACAAACACUGCCCGACGAUCUUGACUUAAAGUGGAACGCUGGGUCAAACAUCUACGUCGAAGCGAGUGAGCUAACAGCUGUGCCGCAAUCGCUUGCACGUUUAAGGCCACUCUACUUGUCCUUAGCUGGCAAUCCUAUCAUCGAACUUCCAGCUGAACUUUUUGAGAGCUCCUCGAUCCAGUAUCUCGUCCUAAGCUCCACCAACGUGCGUGAACUUCCCCGUGGCGUGAUGCUGGAAGCGCCACUGGUACCGGCGUUCUUUGAUUUUGCAGACACGCAGAUCGCUUUCUUUUGGGCGUGGAUCGAUCCGUUUGUUGAAAGUAUGCUGGGAACUUCACCUCGAAUAGCUGCUGGUGGUACCCCCUACUGCUCGGACCUGGAAGGCAUUUUUAGUGGAGCUGCUACUGAUUUCAGUGCUCCAUUCAAGCCUCAACAGUCUCGACUACUUAUGAAUUCGUCGACAGAAAAUUGGGAGAUAUUACUCCAGGCUGUGGAUUGCUCACAACGCGCUUCCUUGACGCAGUUUCCUCUUGAGUAUUGGGACGCGCUGUAUGGAAUGUCUGUUUAA